GAGAUACAGUGCAAGUGUGCAACCAAUUCUAGUCUCCUUCUCCUGUUGGUGAAUGUGGGUCCCACCCUUCGGCUUUCCGUUAGGGCUCUUAAGUCUUAACCUCUUAUGCUUUAUAGCUGCUGCUUGCAGACAAUGUCAUGGACGUUUGGAAUAUUUUAAUCGCUCGCAGAACGACCUCACACCUCUCUGCCCCCGACUCACCUUCUCUCUUUGAGGUGCAGAGCAGCAUUAAUGGAAUCCAUCUGUCAACGCUCCCUGUGUAACUCUAUCAUCACUUCGCGCUUCUCAUCGUCUUCACUUCCGAGGCUGAACUCCUAUGAACCUCGACUUCGUCUCGGUAUCGGCCAGAAAAUCCAGAGGAAAUUACAGGUUGUGUCGUGCGCUCCUGAAACCAUGAGCUUAACGGACUCUCCAGUGAAGAACUCCAACGAGGUGAAGCUAUGGGGUGGUCGAUUCGAAGAAAAUGUCACUGAUGCGGUCGAGAGGUUCACUGAAUCGAUUUCGUAUGACAAGACUCUGUACAAGCAGGAUAUUAUGGGGAGUAAGGCUCAUGCUACAAUGCUCGCUCAUCAGGGCUUGAUCAGUGACAGUGAUAGGGAUAGUAUACUGACGGGUCUCGAUGAGAUUGAGAGGAUCAUCGAAGCUGGGAAGUUUGUUUGGCGAGCAGAUAGGGAGGACGUACACAUGAACAUUGAAGCAGCACUCACUGAUUUGAUUGGGGAACCUGCAAAGAAGCUUCACACUGCUAGGAGCCGGAAUGAUCAAGUUUUAACCGAUUUCCGUCUCUGGUGCCGCGAUGCCAUAGACGAGAUCAUUGCCCACAUCCAACGUCUUCAGGUUUCACUAGUGACCUUGGCUACAAAAAAUGAAGGGCUGAUUGUUCCUGGAUAUACACAUCUACAAAGAGCCCAACCUGUUCUACUGCAACAUCUUCUUUUGUCAUAUGUUGAGCAGCUUGAACGUGAUGCUGGUCGUCUGGUAGACUGCAAAGUUCGGCUGAACUUCUGCCCUCUAGGUGCAUGUGCAUUGGCAGGGACUGGCCUCCCCAUUAAUAGGUUUAUGACUUCUGAUGCUCUAGGGUUUACAGCACCCAUGAGGAACAGGUAUGGACCCUAAAAGUUCCUGGCUUAU